GUUGGAAAGAGAAUCCAGUUGAAUUUGACUCUGUUUUCAAUGAAAGUCGCUACACUUGGUCAUGGGGAAGUCCUGACAUACUGCCAAUGUUUUCUAAAGGCGCAAGUGGAGGCCAUGUGACCAUCAGUUGCUACCCAUCCGGUCUUGAAGACUUUGCUGGUUCAGAUAAGACAGUACUGGACUCCUGGGUCUUUGAUCAAGUGAAGGCAUUUUUUGCAUCUGCAUCAACAAAUGUGACCCUGGACCAGGCUUUGAGGGAAGAUAAGCUGGUGUUCUUCCUCCAUCUGCUUGGGAUUGACACCCAUGGGCAUACCAACAAACCCCACUCACAGGCAUAUCUUAACAAUAUUAGACUGGUUGAUGAAGGUAUCAGAGAUAUUGUUACUCUUAUCGAAGAGUUCUACAACCAUGAUAACCAGACGUCUUACGUAAUGACAGCAGACCAUGGCAUGACUGACUGGGGAUCCCAUGGUGCUGGCCAUGCACAUGAAACGCUGACCCCAUUUGUAGCUUGGGGUCGAGGCGUGCGAGGUCCCGUUCUAUCUCACAGCUGUGGCAGUUACACAGAUUCAUUUUGUGAAGAAUGGAAUUUACAAAGUGUCAAAAGAUAUGACGUUGAACAGGCUGACAUAGCUCCACUGAUGGCAUUCCUCAUUGGGAUUCCACUUCCUGUCAAUUCUGUGGGCAUCCUGCCGAUCGAUGUGCUCAAUGCUACAGAUGCAGACAAGGCACAGGCUUUACUGGCAAAUGCAGAGCAGAUUUUAGCACAGUUUCAGGUGAAGAUGAACCAGAUCAAAGAGAGAACCAUUUCUGCAACAUUUAGACCUUUCCA